UAAAUAAUCCCCAUAUCAAUCCAAAGACAUCCAAUCCAUUUUCGCUACUUCAACUUUCAGUUAGUAGGAGUCAGGAUCAGGCGGCAGCAUGGCUGAUUCCAUCCCCCUCCCUCUCAAAGACCGAGUAGCCAUCGUCACCGGCGGCUCCAGGGGAAUUGGGCGGGCCAUAGCCCUCCAUCUUGCCUCUCUCGGAGCCAACCUCGUGAUCAACUACUCCUCCAACCCAGCUCAAGCCGACCUCGUUGCCUCCCAAAUCAAUUCUGCUUCUGCUUCCCGCGCCAUCACCGUCAGAGCCGAUAUUUCCGACCCAGCCCAGGUCAAGUCCCUCUUCGACUCCGCCGAGUCCGCCUUCAACUCCUCCCCUGUUCAUAUCCUCGUCAAUUCCGCUGGUGUACUCGACUCCAAGUACCCAACCCUGGCCAACACCGCCCUGGAAGACUUCGACAACAUCUUCAACGUUAACGCCAGGGGGGCCUUCUUGUGCUGCAGGGAGGCUGCCAACAGGAUCAAGCGCGGCGGCGGAGGGAGGAUCAUCUGCUUAACCACCUCCUUGGUGGCCGCCUUGAGGCCCGGCUUCGCUGCCUACGUGGGGUCCAAAGCCGCCGUGGAGUCCAUGGUCAAGAUACUGGCCAAGGAGCUCAAGGGGACCGGUAUAACCGCCAACUGCGUGGCCCCGGGGCCUAUCGCCACGGACAUGUUCUUUGCUGGGAUGACAGAAGAGAUGGUCAAGAGGGUUGUGGACGAGAGCCCGCUCGGUAGACUGGGCGAAACAGAGGACGUGGCUCCGCUGGUGGGAUUCCUGGCUACUGAUGCUGGGGAGUGGGUUAAUGGUCAGAUCAUUCGCGUCAAUGGUGGCUACGUCUAAGUCUUCACACUCUUCACCCAUCCACCAUCUCUCUUCUCUGAACCACCUCGAUGCACAAUAAUAAAUCAAAUGGACUACUUCUAUCGGCAUUAGUAAAUCCUCACUUCAUGUCUCCUUUUCAUUAAUGCAACUGCUGGAGUGUAUAUUUGGCGUAGUCUCUUUUCUUUGGAAUUUACAACCUCGCAAGAUUGGCGACGAUGUAGUAUCUUUUUUCUCCUAGUACCCGCACUGAUUGUUAGCCAUGAUGAUUAAUGCAAUUGUGUCUUUUGACGGUUAUGCUGUAUUCUACAGAAAGGGAGGAAAAAAAGGUAUCUAUUCUUCUUUUA